AUGAAUGUCAACAGUCGACUGAGGGAGCUUAACCCUGACAGUGAGGAGCUGUUUGACAUCAUAUUGAUGACUAGCAGCAAUGCUAAAGACGUUCGACGCUUUAGAAACAGCAUUAAUCACUACGGUUUGACCAUAGAGACAAUCUGUAUGACUGGAGGGAGAAGUCCUAUAGGUUACCUGCAGGCCUACAUGACAAACCUUUACCUUUCUAAGGAUUCAAAGAAGGUCAAAGAUGCUAUAGAUGAAGGAAUUGCUGCAGGUACCCUGUUUAUGCCACAAAAGGAAAGCGAUCUGAGUGAGACUGAGCUAAGAGUGGCGUUUGAUGGUGACGCCGUCAUUUUCUCAGACGAGUCAGAAAAGAUCUAUAAGCAACAAGGCCUUGACGGUUUCAAUGAGCAUGAGAAAAACAACGAGAACACACCCUUGGCUCAGGGUCAAUUGAAGGGUUUCCUGGAGGCACUUGGAAACCUCCAGAGAAAAUUUUAUGAGAAGAACCAACGUAUUAAUUGCCCGAUACGAACCUUCCUGGUCACUUCUCGUGGUGCUGCGAGCUCUGGGGCUCGUGUCCUGAAGACCCUCCGAAACUGGGGCCUGGAAAUUGAUGAGGCCCUCUUCCUUGCUGGGGCUCCAAAGGGGCCCCUGCUGCAGAAGAUCAGACCUCAUAUCUUCUUUGAUGACCAGAUGCACCAUAUUGAGGGGGCCCAGAAACUGGGAACCAUAUCUGCACAUGUCCCUUAUGGAAUAGGACAGAAGUAGCACAAAGGGGAACUCAUUGAGCAGCCAGAAAAAAAGGAGUAACUUGAAGUGAAACACUAAAAUUUAUCUCCAUGGGAAGAGAUUAGCUCCACAUUAGUAAUAUUUAUAUAUAAAACAUGCCCCUCUAAAGAAAAAGUUUGGAUGUAGCUAAUUAAAUGGUUUUUGAAGCCUAUAAAAUGAGAUUAUAAUUUGUACCAAAUAUUUUUAAAAGAACAGUUUGGUAGUGGCCCAUUAAGUUCUCUUUAUAAAACUAAAAAGACAAAAAAAAAA